CUGGUAGAGUAGAAAAGAGAGAGAGAGAGAGAGAGAGAGAGAGAGGGGCCACUCACUGUGAGAGAAACACUGCCAAGUAGAGACAGAGCAGAGGAGAGAGAAAGACAGACAGAGCCACAGACAUAGCAGCCUCCUUCGCCUCAGUGAAAAUAAGCAAGAACUGAGAGAGCAAAUAAAGCUCCGAGGUUGAUUUGUGUGUUUCUCGGAGGAAUAAUCUUCAAAAGAAGGGCAAGCAGUGGAUUUAUGUCGUCUGGGUUUAUUCUGGCAGUGAUUGGGGCUCCAGUGCAGCUCUCGAUUGUUUCUCUCUUGUUUGCUCUCUCCUUGUGCUUCUGUUGCUGUAUGUUACUUUGCAUUCUGACUCAAAAUAGUGUGAACCCAGCUGUUUCAAUGCGAUUGAGGCCAAAAAGGACUUGUUGCGGAGUGGAGUGUUUUGGAGGCUUUCACAUACAAAGAUUUUCAUAUCUCUUCUUAUUCUUAAGAGGGGAUCUCACCUGAGACCUUGAGAGAUUUUGUUACCUUUUUUUUUUGGUUGCCCACCUUUUGAUUUCUUUCUUUCUUUGAUUCGAUUUGGUUUCCUUCACAGUUUUCUGUGUAUUCUGAGGGGUUUUUGGAGGGUUUUUCCAAAAAAAAAAAGUUUUCCCACCAUGCCCGAAUCUCGGAAACAACCGGCUAAUAGAGCGAAGCAAAGGCUUCAUCACCCCUUGCAAGAGUCCAAAGCGAUGAGAAAACUCCGCAUAAUAUUCGGCGAUCCUGAUGCUACUGAUUCAUCCGAAGAUGAGUCAGAGGUUAUUAUGAACCAGAGAAGGGUGAAAAGAAGCAUUCGCGAGAUCUCUCUUCCCCCUCUUCCUCUUGUCGUCACCUCCCCAGAAACAAGCUCUUGCGAAGUGAAUAGCAACAACAAUAGAGUCACGGCUUGCAUUGAAGGUCAACCUCAGAACAAGAAGAGGGUUUUGACCCAAAACCCUUCAACGAGGAGACAAGGUUCUGGUAAAUAUAGAGGUGUUAGGCAGAGGAAGUGGGGUAAGUGGGCUGCAGAGAUUCGUGACCCGUUUAAGAGUGCUCGGAUCUGGCUAGGCACUUACAACACUGCAGAAGAGGCUUCUCAAGCGUAUGAGGCCAAAAGGCUCGAAUUUGAAGCCAUGGCUAAAGCUCAAGCCUGUAAAAACGCUGCUACAAUUGUACCAUCGGUUUCAACUUCUGAUAAGAGUAACUAUUGUUCCUCUUCUGCUGCCGCUGUUUCUGCUGCUGCAGUGUCUGUGUCGGAGAAGUUUUCUACUACUUCCGAGGACUCAGAGUGUGUGUUGUCACACACAUCUCCAUCCUCCGUGCUCGAGUUGGAUACCUCGGCUUCUAAUUCGAUUGUCAAGGGUAAUGUUUCAAGCAACGAAGCUUUUGAGGCUAAUGAUUUGGUGGCUGAGCUGGCGGGGUUGGAGAUACCCGAUUUGAGUCUGUUGAACUUGCCUCCAACGUCCGAUGCUGUUGUUUCUGCUUCAUGUGGGUCUGAACCAAACCUUGGGUUUGAUUUCGAUUGGUUAACUUUUGAUGAUUAUGGACAGGGUUUUGAUGAUCUUGGUGGCCUUGAGGAUAUCCAAAUUUGUGGCUUUGAUGACAAUGAGCCGAGUGAGCUUCCUGAUUUCGAUUUUGGUGAUUUUGGUGCUGAUGAGUUUGCCGGUUGGACUGAGGAACCCCUCAAUAUACCUUGUGCCUAAGUUUUGCAGCUGCAUAGGAAUAAGACUAGAAGACCUUCUACAUUACUAUUAUAGGAUAAAUUUUGUCAGUCUCAUGCAUAAAGUUGUGUUAUAGUUUUGUGAAAUCUCAGAAUUUGUAAUACCAAUCCCUUGAGUGAGUGUUUUUUUUAUGCGUCUACAGUAUUUAUUUUGUUUUGUUGAGGGAGUUGAGAUCAGCGAGAUGUAAAAGAGAAUCCUUUGGGUUUUCCCGUGCUGUUCAAGAGCCGUCCAAGGGGAUCUCGAGCCAUGAUGCUAUGUUUGGUAAUUUGAAAGUUCUUCCAUGGCAGUGUAUUAUCAAGUGACCUUCAAUGUCUUUUUAUUGCAUUUGUUAUUUUUUUUCACCAAUUGCUGAUAAGUGUGAAGCUUUUUAUUAAGAUGAUUUUAUAUUGGAC